AAUAGAAGUUAUGGAUGCAAGACUUCUCUCAUCCAGUAGCGUGGUUCUGCUCUGUGGUAUUUGACUUCAGUGGUGGACCUGAGCACAACUUCUACAACUGCAGUUACAUAACAUGCCGUCACGCCCCCCUCCCCAGCAGGUGCCUUGAGUAUUAUGGGGGUCCAAUGACUGACUAGGUCAAAGGGUCUUCAGCAGAAAGGAAAACGUGAUAGCAAAAGCAGUUGAGAAGCCACACUUUGCCACAUCUCACUGAAGGCACACAUACCUCUCUUCCAGUCCGUCUCUCUGCUGCUGCUGCUGCUGCUGUUAUCAUGGCCAGGCGCAAGUCAAAGAAGCCGCAACAAGAUGACACCUCCAUUUUGUUGGACCAACCGGUACCACAGUCCAAGAGGAGGAUAAACUCCUACGCUUCUUCAGCUUUAGUGUUCAUCAUUAUCUUCACAGUCGGGGUCUCCAUAAUGGGCUGGUUUUGUGCACAACAGCAGCAAAGCCUCGACCAGCUGACAGAGUCGUUCACGACAAUGGAGAGGAAGAUCACCAGCCUCCAGCAGGUGAUGCACAUGACGGACGGACAGCUCGAUGUUGAUUUCAAUGUGGAAGAGAGGAUCUUUGCCCUGGAGGAGGCCCAGCAGCAGGCUCAGGAGAGGGCUCAGGUUGCCAUGGCCACAUCGGAGGACUUAAACUCCAACAGUUACUCGCAGCUUUUGGCCCUCUACAAUGAGAUGGACACACGAUUGGCCGAGAUAAAGCAGGUCUCCCUGUCCGUCGCGACACUCCAGGCCAUGUUCAAGAACCAGAGUGAGGAGUUUGAAGCCGUGAAGGAGAGCGUGGUGGCCGGUUUGAGCUCCAGCUCGGUGCUGGCUGAAAGUGUGGCCGGGCUGAGCCAUGCUGUGGCCAGUGCGUACGCUAAGGCCGAUGAGCAGGUUGCAUCAGUGGAGGCUCUCAGUGCACUGCUGGAGGGACAAACCUCAGAGCUGAAUAAGAUGAAAGAGUCAAUGCAGCUUCAUAGUGUUGCACUUUCUACAAACAACCAGGAGAUGGCUGCAAUAAAGGAGCUUCUGGAGGCUAAGCAGGCUAAGCGUGCCCAGGCUUUAGAAAAUAUGCUCAGUUCAGUGCAGAUGACUCUGGAUGAGCAGUUCUCCACUUCACAGACCCUCCACAGCAGCAUCAUGGCUCAGCUGCAGACGUUUCACACCCAGUUGGCGACUACUCCUCUGUCAGUGAAAGCAAAGUCAAAUGAGGAGGCCCCAGCAGAAGAAGAGCUUGUCUCCAGUAUGGCACAGAAUGUCACUGAGGGGCAGGAGAAGCUAGAAGAUGUUGAGGAAAAGACUGAGCAGCUAGAUGCUGAAGAUGAACCGGAAGACGAGGCAGAGGAGGCAAUGGAGGAGGAACUGGAACAGGAAGUGACGGGCGAUGUUACAGAUGAGGAGACAGAUGAAAAUAUAGAGGAUGAAGAAGAAAUUAUAGAAGAGGAAGAUGAGGAGGAGGAGGAAAUUACAGAAGAGGAAGAAGAAGUUACACUAGAAGAGCAAGAAGACAAGGAAAUUACAGGACAUAGUGAGGAGGAGGAGGUUACUGGGAAGACAGACGAAGAGGAGAUCCCAGGAGACACUGUGGACUAUGACGUUUUGGACGAUUCUUUGGAAGAGGAGGUAUCCGAAGAAGAUGAGGAGAGCUGGGAGGAUGUAGAGGAAGAGUCGGCUGAAUUAAAUAGUGAGGUUUUCGUGGAUGAAAAUGAGGUGGACGAGUAGUUGAACCAAUACUUCUAUAAUUUUUAAGUCUUAUUUUGAUAAAUGAUCAUAUUUAUACCUCCAGCAUGCUCUCUUUAAGAGGUGGCUGCUGAUAUUUGUUUUAUUCUACUUGUUUGGUUGUCUGACAUGUAGAUUGUGUCAGGUUAGCUGUCCAUCCUGAAAAAACAUGAACAAUGUGCUAAAACUAUGUUCUAAGUACCUAUGUAAUCUAAUUCCAGAUAUACUUUCCUUCUCUUCAAAGUACAUAUGGUCUCAUUAGAAAUGACUUAGAUUUUUAUAAAUUUGACAACAAAUGUUGAUGUAUAGUUGCUGUUUUUAGUUAGAUAUAAAAUGAAAGAAACUGGAAGACAAAGGCUUCAUUGGACAGACAUUAACAUGGCUGCACAUGUCUGACAGAGCGAGUUGUGUCAAUUGUUCGCUGCAAUGUGACAGAGAAAUGUGACUGUGCUUAUAGCUUGUAAUUUAACACAAGUACAUGUAGUGUCUCUCGUUGCAGAGUUAUUUAUGGUAUGGGUGCACAUGCUGUGUACAUGGGGUUGCAUGUGUCUCCACUGGUACAUACUGUUCUCCUGUCAUGAAGCCCUUUUGUGAAAAGGUUAGAGUGCUAUUUCUGCCAGUAGGUGGAGCCUGAUUACUACUGUGAUGGUGAGGAAUAAUAUGAUAGAGCAACUAAAAGGAAAAAAGGGGGGGGCUCUGUGAGUGUCUCAUGAGUUUUGUCUUGUUUGUAAAAUGACUAAAAAUGGAAAUUCUACUCACAACUGUCUACAUCUAGCUUCAUGCUUGAUCUCUCCCAUGUUGCGCAGACUACAGUUACCCCUCUGUGACAUCCCGUCUGAGCUCACGCUGAUGGAAAAGCAACUGCGACCACAUGUCGUUUAUUUGAUAUCACUGACUCUUCGGUUACCACGAGGGUGCGUUUUAACAGACAGUUAUGCACUGAAUAAAGCCCAGAGACCAAUCCACCUGUCAACGUUGCUACUUCCUUUCAGCUCUUUUGACAAAGGGAUUAAUUACGUGAAUUUCUUGGGACAAAAAAACAAAACAAAA